CCAAGCUCAAAAGCUCGUAGGAAAACACUCUGCUGGUUGAAGGAUAAGACUUGUUUCUCUGUCAAAAUGGACGUAAAUCAGACGAAACAAGAACACUUGCUCGCUUUAAAAGUGAUGCGGCUGACCAAACCAACUCUUUUCACAAACUUGCCAGUGACGUGUGAGGAUCGAGAUCUUCCAGGGGAUUUGUUCAGUCAGCUUAUGAGGGAUGAUCCCUCCACCAUCAAAGGAGCAGAGAUAUUAAUGCUGGGAGAGAUGCUGACAUUACCACAAAACUUUGGAAAUAUUUUUCUUGGUGAGACUUUCUCCAGUUAUAUAAGUGUGCAUAACGACAGCAACCAGGUUGUAAAAGACAUUCUUGUGAAGGCUGAUCUCCAGACGAGCUCUCAGAGGCUCAAUCUCUCAGCAUCAAACUCUGCAGUGGCUGAGCUCAAGCCUGAGCGCUGCAUUGAUGAUGUGAUACAUCACGAGGUCAAAGAAAUUGGAACACACAUCUUAGUUUGUGCAGUCAGUUACACCUCUCAGUACGGGGAGAAGCUCUAUUUUCGCAAGUUCUUCAAAUUCCAGGUUUUAAAGCCACUGGAUGUGAAGACAAAGUUCUACAAUGCAGAGAGUGACCUGAGUUCUGUGACAGAUGAAGUGUUUCUGGAAGCUCAGAUCCAGAACAUCACCACCUCACCCAUGUUCAUGGAGAAAGUGUCUCUAGAACCUUCCAUGAUGUACAAUGUUACAGAACUCAACAGUGUCACUUGUGAGAAUCAGAGAGAGUCUACGUUUGGUAAAAUGUCCUACCUGCAGCCUAUGGACACACGGCAGUAUUUGUAUUGCCUGAAACCAAAGCCGGAGUAUGCAGAGAAGGCCGGUGUCAUUAAAGGAGUGACGGUAAUCGGGAAGCUCGACAUUGUUUGGAAGACCAACCUCGGGGAGAGAGGGAGGCUGCAGACCAGUCAGCUGCAGAGAAUGGCUCCAGGAUAUGGAGACAUUCGGCUGUCUUUGGAGAUAAUCCCUGACACUGUAAACCUUGAAGAACCGUUCGACAUCAUCUGUAAAAUUACCAACUGCAGUGAAAGAACCAUGGACCUGCUUCUGGAGAUGUGCAACACGAGCUCAGUCCACUGGUUGGGGAUAUCAGGACGACAGCUGGGGAAACUUACUCCUGGUUCCUCCCUCUUGCUGCCCCUCACAGUCUUCUCCUCAGUCCAGGGUCUGCAGAGUAUUUCUGGACUGAGACUCACAGACACAUUUCUGAAGAGGACCUACGAAUAUGACGACAUCGCACAAGUGUGUGUGGUCUGCCCGUUUAUGAGUAAUGAGUGCUAGAAGUUUAAAUAACUUUUUGUUGUUGCAUUUCAGAAAUGAUUGGACCAACUUUGGAAUUUUGCACUUGAUAUUUCACUUUUUUUUUCUUUUUUUUUUGCAACUUCUG